GAACUCGUAUCACAGGAAAGAAGUAAACAAAAGAUCUGAUACUUUCAAUUCGUGCAGUCUGGAAUGAAGUGGUAAUCCUGUGUAACGUUUCCUGCGGAUCGUCCACAGAUAAAGUCAGCAACGUUAUUCAGUAAAUAUACAGAUAUAAUUUAUAUUUAUUUCAACCAAGUUUGGAUAUCUAGAAAAGAAGAUGAACAUGAUUCCGUCAAAUUGUCAUACUACUUUAAACAUAAGAGAUGACAUUCAAAGAAGAAAUACUCACAAGACAUUUAACUUAUAUAUAAUAUUAAUUUAUAUGCUAAUUUAUAUUUUCACGAUAACAAGCAUACACACAAAUGGAAAAAAAUUUCAAUUACAGAUCAAGUUCUUCGAUCGCGAGCUGUCUAAUUUGUCGGAAAUCUAUACAAAUGACGAUGACAGCAGUAUGAUGUCGUUGAUAAAGUUUGGAUACAAUUCUUCAACCUUUGAUUUUAAUAAGACGCAAUAUUUCUUACGCAAUCUGAGCGCUUUACAGACUUCUGAAAUACAGAAUUUCUCAAUGAUAAAAGAUGAGAGGACUGAUAUUUUUACUUCUCAAAAGAGAAUUAAGAGCCUGCGAAUUAAGAAAUCACAGAGAAAUAUUAGAAAAAGUAAAAAAGAACAACAAAAUAAAAGAAGAUUCAAUCGUAUACGCAGGCAAUCAGAGUUUCACAAUCGGAGCAAUUCGCAAAAUUAUCCGCUGUUAGCUACAUUUAUUGGUCUACUGCCGGAACAAUUUACUGACGAUACAUUUAUAAUUGGACCAUGGAAGGUAAAAAAUAGGAGGAGUAAUCCCUUUGAGUUCACUAAGUUUCGCUUAGUGGAUGAUGAUAUGUCGAUUCAAAUUAUCACAAGUGGUUUAUAUAUGAUCUCUGUGCAGAUUUUUUAUUAUGGGGAAUCAAUGAGAUAUUCUUAUCAAGUAAUAUUACAUUCUAAGGACAACAGUGAAAGAAUACUUGUUAGGUGCGCUACCGCUGCUUGCGAUGUAACUGGGAAAAUGACGUGUCAUACAAGUGUAAUUGUCUAUCUAGAAAGAGACGACGUACUAAGUGUAUAUCAGAACGAAAUGGAUAGAUUUGUUAAUUUGAGAGAAGGAUAUAGUCAUAUACAUCUUGUAAUGCUUGCCACUAACGAAUGACAAAUCACCUAGUUAGAAGUUUAAGUGUGAAUCUAUUUUCCUAAUGAAAUAACUAUAACAUUGAUAACGUUGAUAAAUUACUGCUUGUGAUUAGUACGAUAAAAUCGGAAUAUAGUCGUAUACAACUUAUGAGACUUACUAGGACGCAUAACAGGAAAUAAACAA